CGGGCGCGGACGAGCGGGCGGCCACAGCAGCUGCAGCGGCGGCGACGGUCCCCAGAGUUGUCUUGUAAAGCGCCCCCGCCCGCGCUGCCGCGGUCUCCUGGGAGAAGGCACCCGGGGCUCGAACCGCUUCCCCCUGAACCACAGCCCUUGGGACUCUCGAGCCCAUCCUCGCGCUCCUGCUCCGUCUCCUCCAUCUUGGCCUCGGCAGUGGCUGCUGCCGGGAGGAUGUGCCGCCUUCUGGCCGGGGGAAGAAGAAGGAGGAGAAGAUGAAGAAGUACCGGCAGGCCUUGGCCCUAGUCUCCUGCCUCUCUCUCUGUUCGCUGGUCUGGCUUCCCAGUUGGCAUGUAUGUUGUAAAGAGAGUUCUUCAGCCUCAACAACAUACUACUCACAAGAUGACAGUUGCGCAUUAGAAAAUGAAGAUGUGCAAUUCCAGAAAAAGGAUGAAAGAGAGGUACCUAUUAAUGUUGAAAUAUCCAGAAAAAUGGGUUCAUAUUUACCUAUUUCUCCAGAAGAGCAUAAAUUAAAAGAUGACUACAUUGUGGAUGCUCAAAAUAUGGAGUCAGAAAAGUUGAGUCCAGCUGUGGUUGAAACACUCCCUACAGUUGAUUUGCAUGAAGACUCUUCCAGUGUAGUUGUGAGCAGUGAAAAUGUUGAAAAUAUUUCCAGCUCGUCUACCUCAGAAACCACUCCAAUCUCAAAGCUUGAUGAAAUAGAAAAUUCUGGUACUUUAGCUAUAGCCAAGCCAAGUGAAACUGAGCAGUCUGAAACUGAUUGUGAUGUUGCUGAGGCCCUUGAUGGAGCUGCUCCAGUUGAACAGCCAGCCUUUGUCAGUCCACCCGAAAGCCUUGUUGGUCAGCAUAUAGAAAAUGUGUCAUCUUCACAUGGCAAAGGGAAAAUAACAAAAUCAGAAUUUGAAUCCAAAGUCUCAGAACAUGAUGGUGAUGACUCCAAAUCUGCAUUGACUGCUUCAGAUAAUUUAAAAAAUGAGAGUUCUGAUUACAUGAAGUCAGGGGAAACUGACCCUACAUCUGUAGCAAGUCCCAAAGAUCCAGAAGAUAUACCAACAUUUGAUGAGUGGAAGAAGAAAGUUAUGGAAGUUGAAAAAGAAAAAAGUUUAUCCACAGGUCAGUCCUUGCAUCCAUCGUCUAAUGGAGGUCCACAUGCCACCAAAAAGGUCCAGAAAAAUCGAAAUAAUUAUGCCUCAGUAGAAUGCGGUGCCAAAAUUUUAGCAGCUAAUCCAGAAGCCAAGAGCACAUCUGCUAUUCUUAUAGAAAAUAUGGACCUUUAUAUGUUGAAUCCUUGCAGCACCAAAAUUUGGUUUGUUAUUGAACUUUGUGAACCAAUUCAAGUGAAACAACUUGAUAUUGCAAAUUAUGAAUUAUUUUCUUCUACUCCUAAAGAUUUUCUGGUUUCUAUCAGUGACAGAUAUCCCACAAAUAAAUGGAUUAAGCUGGGUACGUUCCAUGGCAGAGAUGAGCGGACUGUCCAGAGUUUCCCUUUAGAUGAACAGUUGUAUGCAAAAUAUGUGAAGAUGUUCAUCAAAUACAUAAAGGUGGAGUUAGUAUCACAUUUUGGAUCAGAGCACUUCUGUCCUUUAAGUCUUAUAAGAGUGUUUGGUACUAGCAUGGUGGAAGAAUAUGAAGAAAUUGCUGACUCCCAGUAUCAGUCAGAGCGUCAAGAACUCUUUGAUGAAGACUAUGAUUAUCCACUGGAUUAUAGUACUGUGGAGGAUAAAUCGUCAAAAAAUCUUCUUGGUUCUGCUACAAAUGCCAUUCUAAAUAUGGUGAAUAUUGCUGCUAAUAUUCUGGGAGCAAAAACUGAAGACUUGACAGAAGGAAAUAAAAGUAUAUCUGAGAAUGCCACUGCCACAACUGCACCUAAAAUGCCUGAAUCAACUCCUGUUUCAACUCCUGUUCCAUCACCUGAGCAGAUAAUCACCGAAGUAAAUAUUCAUGGCACAGAACCAUCAACACUGGAUGCCCCCAAAGAAAGUCCGAUUGUACAACUAGUUCAAGAGGAAGAGGAGGAAACAAGUCCAUCCACAGUGACCCUUUUGGGCAGUGGUGAACAGGAAGAUGAAUCAUCAUCCUGGUUUGAGUCUGAGACACAAAUCCUUUGUAGUGAGCUGACGACAGUUUGUUGUAUUUCCAGCUUUUCAGAGUACGUAUAUAAAUGGUGUUCAGUUAGAAUUGCACUUUAUCGGCAGCGUAACAGAGCUGCUAUGAAGAAAGAUGAUAGUGUGUCAGCUCAGCCACCAUUAUUACUUCCUGCAGAUUCAGUAGACAUUUCAGUGCUGCAACCUCCAAGUGGAGAAUUGGACAGCAAGUAUGUAGAAAAAGAAACCGAAACUAUUGUUCUUGAUGAUUUAAGUAGUAUGAACCAAGCUGAUUUGAUAAAUCACACUGUGGAUGUAAUUGAACUUGAGCCAAGCCAUCCUCAUACUCUUUCACAGUCUCUUCUCUUAGCUACUACUCCAGAAAUCAAUUCAUCUUCUCAAAUAGGAGGAUCUGAGUCUGCUAAGCAUGAAACAGGGUAUACACCAUCACAAGUGAUUCUCCAUGAGAGCUCUGUUGAGGUUGAUAGUGAAACAGAAAAAAAACCCGAGAGCUUCAGUUCUGUAGAGAAGGUGUCUGCUGUCUAUGAGGGAAUGGACAGCACUGUCAAAGAAGAUGUGACCUCCAUGCAAAUUAUCACAAAAGUAUCUGAAACAGUAGUACCACCUUUAAACACAGCCACUGUUCCAAACAGUGAAGAUGGGGAUAGCAAACUGAAUAUAGCUGACAUACCAAAGCCAAUUCUGACCCCGGUUGUGGAUCCUUCUUCAAUGUCUGAAGUAAAAGAGGAUGAACAGUCUCCAGAAGAUGCCCUUCUGAAAGGAUUACAGAGGACAGCCACAGAUUUCUAUGCUGAAUUGCAAAAUUCCACUGAUCUGGGAUAUGCUAAUGGAAAUCUUAUACAUGGGUCAAAUCAAAAGGAAUCAGUGUUUAUGCGACUUAAUAAUCGUAUUAAAGCCUUAGAAGUCAAUAUGUCUCUUAGUGGUCGCUAUCUGGAGGAGCUUAGCCAAAGGUAUCGAAAACAAAUGGAAGAAAUGCAAAAGGCUUUUAAUAAAACAAUAGUAAAACUUCAGAAUACUUCAAGAAUAGCAGAAGAACAGGAUCAGCGGCAAACUGAAGCCAUCCAGUUACUACAGGCACAGCUGACCAACAUGACACAGCUUGUUUCAAAUUUAUCAGCAACUGUAGCAGAAUUAAAACGGGAGGUUGCAGAUCGUCAGAGCUAUCUGGUCAUAUCUUUGGUUCUCUGUGUUGUGUUGGGAUUGAUGCUUUGUAUGCAGCGUUGCCGGAACACGUCUCAAUUUGGUGGAGAUUAUAUUUCAAAGCUCCCUAAAAGUAAUCAAUAUCCAAGCCCUAGAAGAUGUUUUUCUUCUUAUGAUGAUAUGAAUUUGAAAAGAAGAACUUCAUUUCCACUCAUCAGAUCCAAAUCUCUACAGUUCGCUGGCAAAGAAGUAGAUCCAAAUGAUUUGUACAUCGUAGAACCCCUCAAGUUCUCUCCAGAAAAAAAGAAGAAACGUUGCAAGUAUAAAACUGAACAAAUUGAGACCAUAAAGCCUGCAGACCCAUUGCAUCCUAUAGCCAAUGGAGACAUAAAAGGAAGAAAGCCCUUUACGAACCAGAGAGACUUUUCUAAUAUGGGAGAAGUUUAUCACUCUUCCUACAAGGGCCCUCCAUCUGAGGGAAGCUCAGAAACUUCAUCACAGUCAGAAGAAUCUUAUUUUUGUGGCAUUUCAGCUUGCACAAGUCUGUGCAACGGACAGUCGCAAAAGACAAAAACUGAGAAGAGGGCUUUAAAACGAAGGCGGUCUAAAGUCCAGGACCAAGGAAAAUUAAUAAAAACUUUAAUACAAACUAAGUCGGGAUCAUUGCCGAGCCUGCAUGACAUAAUCAGAGGAAACAAAGAGAUCACCGUGGGAACAUUUGGUGUUACGACAGUCUCGGGACAUAUUUAAAAUUAGUUGAACUUUUCAUACUGGAGACUUUGUUUUUCAUUGAAAAACAGUCUAUGGUAUUUGAAGGGUUUGGGUGAGGGAGAAAAUAUUGGGGAAAAUAUUCAGAAAUUAUGCCCUUUUAUAAAGUAGACAGGAUCGGGUCAAUCUUGGUUAAUGAGCUGCAGGUUUACAAGGCUGAUCACUUCCUACAAGGACAUUGAUAAACAUUUUAUAAAGAUGUUUUUUCACAGAUUAAUUACUGGGACAAAAGUAAUUUGGAAGUCCAGUUCCUGUGGGUGAGAUAGGAAUGAAAGUCUAAACCUCUUCCUUUAGCUUUGUUCCUAUUUCUUGCACCUUCCCAUAUUUAUGUGCCUUUUGUCUAUUUAUAAUGCCACUGGAAGAGGAGGGGGAACGUUUUCUGUCAUUUGAUUUGUUUUGUAACUAUUAGGUUUUGAAGCUUCAAACACUACAAGGCAUUAAGGUGAUCUGUUCCUGAAGCUCAGUCUUGCGGGUCAGACAGUGUAAAGAUCCUAGAGAUUUGCCAACAUAGGUUUCUGCUUAGCAAACUCACUGGACAAUAAACACUUGCAGGGACUUUUAAAAUCUGUCCUUUUAGGUUAACAAUGAUGCUUUCACUGUUAGUUUCAUUUAAUUUAUUUUGACAGGAUUUUUUUUUCCCUUAGUUACUAACUCAAUGAGGAUCAAAAAGGUAGAUUUUUUUUCUUGGAAAUUAUUUGUAUUUGUAAGCAGAUUUAUUAUAAGUUUACCUUCAAACAUGUGACAGUUUGUGAAAUUUUCUUUAUAUUACAUUUAAACAUUUACAAUAAACACUACUCCUCAAAACUUUCACAUCACUGAGACCAGGUUUCACAUAAUACAAUCACUGCCUGCAAACACAUAUACCCACAGAACCAGCCAGUGAGUUUCUAAGCCUUAUCUUGUUGGUUAAGUCUAAAGGGGUUAUUAUUCCUUAAUGUUUGCUUUGUAUUGGCUAUAAUGUGCAGAGAUUUAUUUUUUCCAUUCAGAAGUAAUUGGAAGUGACUGGGUAAAAUGCUUGAACGUGUGAUUGUACAGUAAUGCGUGAAAGUGAAACCUGUUUCUUUAUGUAAGAGAGAACUCACCAUUUUGUGUUAUAAGGUUUAACUUAUUGAGCACUUUUAUUGUUUUGAAACUUGUCUAAUGCCUUUCUUGAGGUAUUAUGUGUAAUGUGACUUAUUUAAAGCUUUCCUUGUUGUUUACGUUGCUGCUUUAGGUUAACAGUAGGAGAUGAAUUUUUUUUUCUUUCCAGUCUGCACAGUUAGCCAUUCAAAGCAAUAAGGCCUGAUUGUAUAGAAGGCCCUUGAGAACCGAGACAGAGUGGGAAGUCACACCAUUUAUGUGUUAUGGAAAGAGAAUUUAAAAUAUGUAACUACGGAGCUGUAGAGCCAUUAGAAACUGUGAAUUUCCAAAUAAAUCUGAAGACUUGUCUUUUA